GACACUGAGCUGAUGGCGUCAUCACGGGGCGCGACGCCUGCGGUAUGGCGCUUGCUGCCCGGCUGCUCCGGCGGGCCCUUUCCUCAGCAUCCGACGGGCGGAGGCGGAGGAGGGCGUGGGAGGCUUCGCUGUCGCCCCUGGAGAGACUGAAGCGGCUGCUGCCGCCGGAGGAGGCGGCGGCGGUGGAGCGCUACGCGGAGCCCCGCUCCUCAGCCUCCCCGCAGGCGCCUGCUGAGGAGAAAAUGGCGGUGGCGGCGCCGAGCGCGGCGCCCACCGCGGCGCCUUCCUCGCAGGGAUCCCCGGAGAAGAAAAUGGCGGCGCGCCCCAUCCCUCUCCGCGCCGGGGAGCUGGCGCUGGCGGAGCUGCGGAGGAAGCACAACGCGACGCUGAAGCUGCUGUGCCGGUUGGAGGCGGGCGCGGUGCUGAACUCGCACGGCGGGCUCCUGCCGCACCGGGACAUCAUCGGGCAGUUGCCCGGGCAGCUGCUGCGCACCUCGGCCGGGGCACGGCUGCUGCUGAGGCGGCCCUCGCUGGACGAGUACGUGCUGCUGAUGCCGCGGGGGCCCACCAUCGCCUACCCCAAGGAUAUCAGCGCCAUGCUGAUGAUGAUGGACGUCCACCCAGGAGACGUUGUGUUGGAAAGUGGCAGUGGGUCUGGUGCUCUGAGCUUGUUUCUGUCAAGAGCAGUUGGGCCCAAGGGACGUGUUAUCAGUUACGAAAUCAGAGAUGACCAUCACAACUUAGCAAAGAAGAAUUACAGGCAUUGGCGCACUACGUGGAAAAAAGGACACACGGAAGAGUGGCCAGAUAAUGUGGAUUUUGUUCUUAAAGACAUCUCAAGAGCUGCUGAGGAUAUGAAAGCUUUAACAUUUGAUGCAAUAGUUCUGGAUAUGCUUAACCCUCAAUCUGCUCUGUCUGUUGUACACCCGAGUCUUAAAGAGGGUGGUGUGUGUGCUGUGUAUUUAGCCAAGGGUUGCACUCGGUACAAAUCACACUUGUCUACAUCCUUUGGUUCCUUCAGAACACUUACUGUGGUCACUGGGAGGUUUUAGUUAAUGACAUCCUCUAAAUAACUAUUGUGUUCAAUUCAGUAGUCAAGUUGUUAGUUCCUUUAUCCUAAAAUGGAAGGAUGUGCAAAAAACCAAAGGUAAAGAAUAUGACAAAGGCAAUAGAAUUAAGUUUAUAGUACUGAUUGGAGUUCUCAAAAUAUUCCUUUAUCCUUUGCAUUUCUUCAAAAGCAUCACACAGGUUAUAGACCUUUUAGACAGAAUACGGACAUGCAGGCUCCCUUUUGCCUGUGAAAAUAUCAUUGAGGUAACUCAUAGGAAUUGGUUGGUGCUCCCUGCUAAAAUCAAGAAUUGCAAAUCAAGCCAAAGAGUGGAAACUCAAGAAGAUAUCGAAGAAGAUCCUCAACAGAAAGAAUGUGAUGAAAUCCAAACUCGGGAUCAAAUAGUUCUUAACGAAGGUGAAGGCAAUGGUAAGAAUAUUACUGUUAAUAAGAUUCUGUUGCUGGACUUUUGAUAAUCCAAAGAUAAAAAUCCAGGCUAAAUAGAAAAUAAAUGGCAAUUCGCAAAUACAGAAUGACUGUUCUGCUAUUGUUUUGAAAAUUUUUAAUAAAAUUAAGUCCUUUUGCUGAGGAUCCUGAUGGGCUCAAGGAUUCCCGAUGGAAAUGCUACCUGUUUGCCCUGUAUUCAAUUUAUACUGUUAUAGCAAGUAAAUAUAUAUAUAUAUAUAUACCUAAUAUAAAUACAUGGUUGCAAAAUUCAACGUAGAGCAGAGAGGUCUGAAAGUACUCAUAGAUGACAACAAAGCACUUUGAGAGGAAAAAAGGAAAGAAUGUGCAUUUGUAACUGCAGCCUGAUGGGUGCGUGUUUUCAAACUUGCUGGAAAGAAUUAUACAAAAAGAUGUACUCCUCACAGAAUCGUUUCCUGAUGAUGCUGAAACAUACUGCUCAGCACCUUACGUUGCUAGACCAUCUCAUUGGCAGGACGCUCAUUCAGGUGAGAUACUGGGGAAAAUGCUUUUAUUGGAAAUGUUUUAUCUUAAAAUAUUUUAUUUUCAAAAAUAAUAACUUCUGUACUAGCACUUCACAUAUAACACAAAAUCGUGAAAUUUAUAAUAAACUAAAAAUUCAAUAUUGAAA